AUGUAAAACAUUAAUUAUCAGGAAAGCAAAUUCUAGUUUUAAUGCUUUAGAAAACAUCUACUUAUAGAUACUACGUAUUAUGGAUAUCUAUUAUCUAACUAAUUGAUUCUUGCAACGGUAGUUUGAUUGCUUAUAAAUAAUAGGUCAAAUAGUCAUAGACUCCAAAAUAUAAAGUGCCUUUACUAUUAACUACUUAAAUACAUUUCAUCACUAAAUAGCCUUCAAAUGAGAUUGAAUAGUUUGGUUUUUUAUAUAAAGAGUAAUUCAAAUAUUUUUAUGCCAACUCAAAUACCAUUUUGUAACUUAAAGAACUUAUGGCUUGCAAAGUAAUGUUUAAGGAAAUUAGUGAUUUCUAUUAACCAAUAAGUCUGUUAGGCAGAGGAGGGUCUUCAAAAGUACAGAAUUUGAUUUACAGUUUAGGUUUAUUUGGUGAUAAAAAAAAGGACUAAAGAUUAAUAUGCUUCAAAGUGUGUCGAUAAAAGAUACUUAAAUGAGGAUGGUGGAUUUGUAAAUAUUUGUUAUUUAAGAUAGAAUGGUUUAUUUAAUGAGAUUUAAAUAAUGUAAAAAAUGAACCAUCCAAAAAUAAUACACUUAGAAGAACUUUAUGAAGGAGAUAAUACAUUUUAUUUACUUUUAGAGUAUUUAUAAGGUUAGAGUUUAAAUGAGACCUUCAAUAAGAGACAAGUGUUAUUUGAAUAGGAAUAAAUAUAAACUAUAAUGUUUGUAAAUGAAUUUCAUAAUAUUAGCAACUCUUGACAGCUGUUUAGUAUAUACAUUCUUUAGGAAUCAUGCAUAGAGAUUUAAAACCAGAAAAUAUAAUGUUUAAGAGUCAAAAUGCUUUUGAUGAAUUGAAAAUUGUAGAUUUUGGAUUGGCAACAUCUAUUUAGGCUGAGACUUAUCCUUAUCCAAAAUGUGGAACACCUGGUUAUGUUGCUCCUGAAAUUGCUAACUUAAAAGAUUAAAAUUAAAAAUACGAUUUGAUUUGUGAUAUGUUUAGCGUCGGUUGUAUCUUCUAUAAAUUGUAAAUACAGUUUAAUUUUUAAGAUUGACAGGCAAAGAGUUAUUUACAGGAACAGAUUAUUAAGAAAUUUUAAAGUUUAAUAAAAAAUGUUAAAUCAAUUUUGAACUUCUUACUUUAUACAGAGCACCAAAAGAGGCAAUUGAAUUAAUAGCAUUAUUAUUAAAGAUUAAUCCAAAGGAAAGAAUAACAGCUUAAGCCGCAUUAGAACAUAAUUAUUUUUAAUUAAAAUUUUAAACUAAAAGAGGCAAAUUUUAACAAAAUAAUAAUAAAUAUACUCCUGUUUUUUAAACUUAAAAUUUUAAUCCUAAAGAUAAUCCUCAAAAAUAAAAUUUUCAUAUUGAAGAUGAUAUAGUAGAAGAUGAAAAUGCUCAUUCUUUGAAAGUACCUGUCAUGCAAAAUAUGAAAACAUUUGGUUAAUUUGUUUGUAAAAUCAAAUCCUAAGUUACACCUACUUUGGCUAGAAGAAACUUUAAAAAAUUUUAAACAUCAGAUUUUAAUUCUGCAUUAUCACCAAACUCACCAAAUCCUCUAUUAAGUGAGCAUAAACCAUCUUUAAUUAUAAAUGCUUAAACUUAAGAAUUUAUUAAUGAAGUUCAUACUAAAAAUGAACAUAAAAUUAAUUAAAUGGGUUAAAUAGAUGAAGAACAAGAAGAUCAAUUAUAAUAAAAUAUAUGA